CCGUUCCGAGUCGAGAGGGCGGGAGAUGUGACAUGACCUGAGGAAUCUCACCUCUGCACCGACCGCCUUGGCCAGCGUCCUCGAACUCUCAUUUUGCAACAUUCUGUGUUCAUGGCCAUCACCAAGAACUACCAGUCUGUCGCUGCUGACGAACUCAAGAUCCGCGCUGAAUGGGUGCCUGACAAGGCCCGGCACGUGUGCUAUAUCUGCCGGAAGGCCUUCAAUCUUGUCCGCCGAAAGCACCAUUGUCGUGUGUGCGGGGAGAUUGUGUGUGGCAGCUGCACCUUCAUGAAGACGUUGACUGCAUCGCCUGUGGCGUCUGCGACCCAUGUCAAGACGUGCUUGUGGUGCCCGCAGCGAACUCGGCAUGCCAGGAAUCUGUCGUCUACGUCGUCCAGCCGCUCGUUGAACCAAGCGUCACCCGCAGAAGUGGAGCUCCUGUGUCGCCGUCAAGUGGUGUUUUGGUCCUCUGCGUACCCGUCAAGGUCGGUAGCAGACAAUAGCAGCAGCCGAGUGAGCAGUAUGUCGCUAGCUUGCUGAAUAUCGGAAAUAC